AUGUCUCUCUUCCGCACCAGCUUCCCUGCUGCGGGCGACUUCGCCCCUCUCUUCCGUCUCCUAGACGACUACGACAACCACCGAAGCAGCAGCCACUCCACAAUGCGCAGCUUCGCCCCCAAAUUCGACGUCCGCGAAAGCGAGACCUCUUUCCACCUGGACGGCGAACUGCCCGGCAUUUCCCAGGAAGACAUCAAUAUUGAAUUCACCGAUCUACAGACUCUGGUUGUAAAGGGUCGCACUGAACGCGAGUACCACAUCAAACCCACAGAGCAGUCUGGUGAUAACCAGGCCGUUGAAGCUACGGAGAAGUCUUCGAAGCACUCCGAGGCUGAUCAUCACUACUGGGCUAGUGAGCGGACUGUCGGGGAAUUCUCGCGCACUUUCUCGUUCCCGAUUCGGGUUGACCAGGACAAUGUCAAGGCUAGUCUGAAGAAUGGUAUUCUCUCUGUGGUGGUGCCUAAGGCUACUGCCUCGGCCGCGAAGAAGAUUACCAUUGAGUAA